AUGAUAACUGUCAAGCAUAUGCAGGAUGGCAAAUAUUGUAUAUCAUAUUUUCAAGAAGAACACACCCAUGAAUUUGUCACACCUAGCAAGCAGCAUUUAAUCAAGUCUAACAGAGAAGUCAGCGAGAAGGCCAAGACCACACUAUUCACAUGUCAUGCAGCUAGCAUUGGCACAUCUGGGGCCUUCCGAUUGCUUCGUGUUGGUGAGGGCGGAUUCCAGUUCGUGGGGUGCACAAAGAGAGACUUGCAAAACUAUCACCACGACAUGCGAAGCACUUUCAAAGAUACAGAUGCUCAAAUGUUCAUUGACAACCUCAGAAAGAGGAAGAAAAUCAACCCAGGAUUCUUCUUUGACUAUGUUCUUGAUGAUAAAAACCGACUGACGCAUGUCUUUUGGGUAGAUGCUUUUUGUCGGAAGAAUUAUGCUUUAUUUGGCGAAAUGGUGUCUUUUGACUCCACAUAUAGCACCAAUCAGUAUAAGAUGAUAUUUUGUCCUUUCACAGGAAUAAACCACCAUAUGGGAUCAGUUUUCUAUGGUGCCGCCUUGAUUGUUGAUGAGAAGAUAGAGUCAUACAAAUGGGUGUUUGAAACAUUCUUGAAAGCAAUGGAUGGUGUAGCACCGAGGCUUAUAGUAACUGAUGAAGAUGCUAGUAUGAAGUCUGCCCUUGAUGAAGUUAUGCCAAAUACCGUCCAUAGGUUAUGCAUGUGGCAUAUAAUGAGAAAGCUUCCAGAAAAGGUUGGUCCUCCACUGAGAGAGGAUGAACAUUUCUACAAUUCAGUUAACUCAUGUGUAUGGGGAUCUGAAAAUCCAACUGAAUUUGAGGCUAAGUGGUCUUCCAUGAUUUCUGAAUUUGGACUUGAGGAAAACACAUGGUUUGCUAGGAGAUAUGAAAUUCGUAAGUCAUGGAUACCGGCCUAUUUCAGAGGUGUAUUCAUGGGUGAAAUUCUGAGAACCACUUCAAGGUCAGAGAGCGCUAACUCAUUCUUCAACCACUUUAUUGGUUACAAGCAUGCUUUAGUGGAGUUUUGGAUUAGGAUUGGUACAGCCCUAGAGGAACAGCGUCAAAAUGAAUUCAAGGCUGACCAUGAUUGCCUCAGUUCCAUGCCUCCUCUGAUUACAUCCUGGGAGAUCGAGAAGCAUGCUAGCAUGUACUUCACCCAUGAGGUUUUCAAAGUUUUUCAGAAGGAAUUGCGUGCAGCUAGAGAACAUUGCUUGAUUGAAAGCAUAUCGCAAGAAGGUGAUGUGAAAACCACGGUUGUAGGUGGAGACUGCUCUUCCAAGUCUAGAGAAGUUCAAUUAAACACAUCAACCAUGAGCGCUCACUGCUCUUGA